AUGCAGCAAAGGGGGAAUUUCUUGCCUCUGUGUCUUCAUUUGCUCAUUUUGUCUUUCCAAUUAUAGGAGGCUUAUGUGCAGAAAAUGGUAAAAGUAUGCAAUGAUUCAGACCGAUGGAGUCUCAUCUCCCUGUCCAACAACAGUGGCAAAAAUGUGGAGCUGAAAUUUGUGGACUCUCUGAGGCGGCAGUUUGAAUUCAGUGUCGAUUCCUUUCAAAUCAAGCUGGACUCCCUGCUGCUUUUUUAUGAGUGCUCAGAGAAUCCGAUGACUGAAACUUUUCACCCGACUAUCAUUGGUGAGAGCGUCUAUGGGGAUUUCCAGGAAGCCUUUGAUCACCUCUGCAACAAGAUCAUCGCCACCAGAAAUCCAGAGGAAAUCAGAGGAGGUGGUCUUCUGAAGUACUGCAACCUUUUGGUAAGGGGCUUUAGGGCUGCCUCCGAAUCCGAGAUUAAGUCCCUGCAGAGAUACAUGUGCUCGAGGUUUUUCAUUGACUUCUCAGACAUUGGAGAACAGCAGAGAAAGCUGGAGUCCUACUUGCAGAACCACUUUGUGGGAUUAGAGGACCGCAAGUAUGACUAUCUCAUGACCCUUCACGGUGUGGUGAAUGAGAGCACAGUGUGCCUGAUGGGACAUGAGAGGAGACAGACUCUGAAUCUGAUCACCAUGCUGGCCAUCCGGGUCCUAGCCGAGCAAAAUAUCAUCCCCAAUGUGGCCAAUGUCACCUGCUAUUACCAGCCAGCCCCAUACGUAGCAGAUGCCAACUUCAGCAAUUACUAUAUUGCCCAGGUUCAGACGGUGUUCCCUUGCCAGCAGCACACAUACUCUACUUGGCUGCCCUGUAAUUAAGGACCGAAAUUAGUAGACCCGGUGGGGAGAAUGUUUUCUAAGCCGUAGGAAGGGGCGACGCGCCCCUUUGAAAUGGGGUGUUUUGUGCAAUGAUGAUCUGCUCUGGUGUUCAAGCUUGGGGAAAGCUUGCGGUUCUUCUAAUAAAUAGCGGGAGCAUGAUCGAGAAAGAACCCCAAAAUAAUUGGAUCCUACCCCAGAGCACAAGAGGCCUGUCAUUAAAAGCAACCAGCUUCCCCUGAAAUAAGUGAGGGAGGAAUGCUUGAUGACAAUAUGGGUUGGCAAUAUCUGCUCCCAUAGCUUUGGCAUAGAGAAGGUGGGAAAGCCUUAUUUUCUUUUAUUUUUAUUCUUACUCUAGAAUGGGAUCUGCAAAAGGGAGAAUAUGAAAGAAACAAAACAAAAAAAAACAACAAAAAAGAAAAAAAUCACAAAAAACAAUUCUAUAUAUAUUCAGGAAUUAAAAGUUAGAGGCAUAAAGCAGAGAUAAGCUGAAUAAAAAUGUAUAUUGGAAUUACUGCAUUUGGGGCUUGCAGCAAGUGCCGUCUAUGGAUUGACCGUGUAGAAUGUAUAGCUUGCUUGACUAGAACGCUUUACCAGAAACAGCUUGCUCCAAAUGAACAGUAGUGGAUUGGUACAGGUAUGAAAACAGAAACACGUACGAUGACAAAGUCCAUUAUUUCCAGCUGCGUGCAUGCCUCACAUUUUAAAAAUGUGAGAAUGCAGGAAAAGCAGCUGUGGCAAACAGAAUAUACUCAAGGACCAAAGAUUUCACAAAUAAGUUAUCCGAGCAAAGAAGAUACAGUAGAGUAUAUAUAUAUAUAUAAAAGAAAAGAAAGAUGUUGCUAUAUUUGUACACACCAACAGUAAUCAAAAGUGCCUGAUGCCUUCAUAAAAUUUGAAGUGAGGAAAAAAAAAUAUAGUUUUGUGGUUUAACCAUGCAUUUUGUUUUAUCAGGGACACAAGGAUUAAAAAAAAAAAAACAAACAUAAGCUUGUGAAUAAGUGGUGGAGGAAAUGCCCUAUUUUUUUUCUUGGCAAAUACUUGUAUAGAGUUAAUGUUAUGUCGGUGUGCUAUUAUCCUAGGUACGUGUGUGUAUGUGUGUAUAUAUGUUUGUGUGUGUAUAUAUGUAUGUGCUAUAGGUGUAUAUCUAUAUAUACACACACAAUAUAUAUUAAUGUGGUCUAGGAAAAUGUAGCAAUUAAGGAAUGUUUAAAUAAAGUACUAUGUGUUUUCCAGUUUGCAACAGGAUGUCAUAGGACAGUGGGCACCUUGCAGUGAAUUUUUAACCCACACCUGAGAAAUUUGGAGUAAAUGAACCAGUCAGGAUUAAGGUGGGAUUCAGAUAAUGUCUUUGGUUGCAAGAACAAGGAUUACAGUAAUUCAGUGGGUUGCUUGUGAGCCAUAAUAAUUCCACAGAUGGAGAAACAUAUGACUGGCUGAUUUUUUUUUUUAAACUAUUUUGUACUGUAAUGCCAUUUUGACAUUUAACCCACUAAUGUUGUGACUGCAUACCUCCAUGAUGUGUAAUUCAGUGGAACGUGGAUCAAAGAUAGGUUUAUUUAAACCCCCUGACAGCUAAAGAAUAUUGUAUUAGUUGGUGAUUUGAACACUAAUUGUUAAUAUUUAAAGGAGUAUUUUUAAUCGAAUGCGUUAUGCAUUCCAGGACCACUAGAAUUUAGCAAAUGUGAAAUGAACCCUUUUUAAGAGUGUUGCAGGAUUACUUAAAAUUAUAUUUUAUAUAUAUAUAUAAAAUAUAUAUAUAUUUUUAUGCAAAUAUUAAACAUCUUUGAUCUGGUUGUCACACUGCA